AUGCGCAUAUCCAUUAUUGUCCAGGUUGUGGCCCUCCUCAAUGUUGGUGCCCUUGCUGUCCCUAUUGCGGGUGAAUCCUCAGCAAUACAGUCCAACCAGUUCAAUCGGCAAGACGGUAUUCUCGCUCGGGAUAUAAAGGGUGCUGCUGAAGGAGCCAGGCUCCAGGCACGCGCCGACAGUAACGAGUCUCGGAAGAGCAGAGAGCGCAAGUCAAAAGCUCCCGGCAAAGACGGCAAGACUCGGUCUCAGAGAAAGAUCCACGUCGCUCCGCCGCCAAAACUUUUUUCCUGUACGCAAAAAGGUUGCUUCAGCCAAUUUAGUUCUGCAGUGGGUCUUGCGCACCACCUGAAGCUGCACCAUGGAAUCCAGAGUUAG